GUCAAAUUGAUACGUCAAAGCGAAACAGAAGAAGCCAGAGCAUACGAAUUUUAGCAAAGGCUAUUUAUUGUGUUCAAACAUUGCAUAGAAAAACAUUUUCUUACAUUUGAGAAGCCCGAAGGAAGCCCCGACGAGAGCAGUGGUCUUAUUAGGACCAUCUUUAUAAGGUUCGGUACAUACGCAUCGAGUACUCGCUUCACAUUAUGCGAACGUCGCGACACUAUUCUCCAUACCACUGAAAUGCCACGUAAUGUUGCCGGCGAUUAAAAAGUUUUGAAGCGCAUGGUAGCACAGUAAUUUACAUGGCAACUUCAGCAUCGCUGACUCGUGUUGGGGCAAAAAGAUGUUAGGUAGAAAACACACAAUUGCGGAUAAGGAUAAGAUCAAUAGUAAUCCAUCUUUAUAAAACAUCCUGCAUUGCUAAACAAUGGUAAGCCAUCAGCUCGGUACACUCUGGCUCAGCGUGUUGGCAGUACUGUGCGCUGCCAGAACUUCGCUCGGCAGCCCGUUUAAUGUAAUCUAUGCGAUCAAUGCCGGUGGUGAUGCGCAUACCGAUUCCCACGGAAUAUACUACUUGGGUGAUCCGUUAAAGGGGAAGCUAGGCACCGAAUCGGAUUACGGUCGCCAGCUGCUAGCGAUCAAUAGAGUGAACAAGCAUGACGAGAUUCUGUACCAAACGGAACGCUACCAUCACGACACCUUUAGCUACGACAUUCCCGUCUCGGGGGAUGGACAGUACGUGCUCAUACUUAAAUUUUGCGAGGUGUACUUCAACGGGCCGAAUAUGAAAGUGUUCGACGUGCUCCUCGAUCGCCACACGAUCGUAUCGGAGCUAGACAUCUAUGCCUUAGUCGGCAAAGGCACCGCUCACGAUGAGUUGAUAUUCUUUUCCGUUUCGCGGGGACGAUUGUACGUGAAGGAAAAGAAUUCGGAAAUCCGGGGAGGCAAAUUAAAGCUAGAGUUCCUGAAGGGUUACAAAGAUAACCCGAAAAUUAACGCAAUUUUGCUCAUCAAAGACUACAACGAGGCCACCCUGCCUCGUUUGCCACCGUUAAAUAGCGAUCAUCUUGCUGCUAGUGCUAACGGAAUUGACCACGUUGGCGAUCACUACCAUUCGCUACCGUAUUCGUUGUCGGACGACGACGGACCUACCGUCGAAACUGGGGACGACAGCAUCAUGGACGAUUUCCUGACUGCCCCACCGGACGAGUCGGUCAAACCUGCCUCGACAGUGCGUAAAACUAGUGGCCCCAAGCAACCGAAUCCUUACUCGUUGGACGAUUCCUCUAUCAUGUUACCUGUGUUCAUUGCAAUCGGUGCAUUUAUACCGCUGUUGUUUUGUCUGUGUAGGCUGUGAUUUGUUAUACUUUUAUUUAAUUGCGUAGGAACUAGACAAAAAAGGCUCUUAAAGAAUUGUAUAAUUAUUUACCCUUUUUUUUCAAACGGUCACGUGGUACUUGAUGUACUUAAGCGAGAAGCUCAUUCUACCAAUUGAAGCUGUCCAAAAGAAUUCGAAUGCAUCACGUAAUAACAAACAAAAAAAAACGUUCAAAAUUAUUUACGACAGUCGCACAAACAUCCAGACCGUUAUUUUAACUUGCAUAAUUCAACUCAUAAUUCCGUACCAUACGGAUACGGCAUAACUGAGAUGUUUGUCAGUAGUAAAUUCAGGAUACCUUGCACUGCAGUUUCGAAUUGGUGGGUAUUAAAACAAAAAAACUGCAAUUUCUUACUAGUAUUUAUGCAAUGAGUUUCUCCAGCGGUUAGGUCUUCUAAGUUGAUUUGCGUAAACAGCAAUAUUAAUAAACAAAAGCAAACAAACCUUAUCACACA